AUUUAAUGAUUCCCUGUAAUCAUAAUCAUUCAGCAUUUGCGUGAGUUGCCAAACACCGACCCGACCAUACCAAAUUCCGUUUCGGCCAGAACCUAAUCAGCCUCCAACCGACCCGUAUAUAUCCAGAAAACACCCGAUCCGCAGCAGCAGCAGUGGCAUUUCAUCCGAAACAAGGGCCGCGGGCAGUAGCAGAAACACCUUUUCUUCGCUCCGAACUCGAGUGAAUCGGGCAGCGUAUGUCGUCUAUAUCGCCUAUAUCGCCUACACAUGCUAGUAGUCGUGGUGCAGCAGUAGCACAUACCAGCAGAGCAGUAGCCGCAGUGUCAAUUAGUAGUUUCGCAUAACACCACCACCUCACGCGUACACUCUGCAGCAGCAGCAGCACCACCACCACCCCCCGAACGCCCGCCCACCCGUGUGAAUCGUCGUGAUAUCCGUGUUAUACAACAAAAUUGUUCCGUGCUCAACAUACGCCGGCUGAAAGUAGCCCGUAAAUCAUUGCCCAUCCUCGCCUGGCGGAGCAACCCGAUUGCAGUGGAGAAAGCGGUUCCACAGCCGAAACUUGUUCUAGUCCGGAUUAUCAGGUCGCAGCGUAAGAGGAGCAGCCGCAGCAAGGGCACAACCACAAUAUUCUCGCACAGUCGGUAGUUUAGCUGCACCACCACCACCGCCGCCAGAUCGGAUCCACCAUGAACAUAGACGACUACGAAUCGCUGCCCACCACCAGUGUGGGUGUCAAUAUGACGGCGGGCGCUAUUGCGGGCGUGCUGGAGCAUGUGGUCAUGUAUCCGCUGGACUCCGUCAAGACGAGAAUGCAGAGUCUUUCGCCGCCCACACAAAACAUGAACAUAUUAUCAACCCUUCGGAACAUGAUCACACGUGAGGGUUUGUUAAGACCCAUCCGGGGCGCCAGCGCUGUAGUGUUGGGUGCUGGGCCAGCGCAUUCGCUGUACUUUGCUGCCUACGAAAUGACCAAGGAGAUGACGGCCAAGUUCACAACAGUGAGAAACCUCAACUACGUGAUUUCGGGAGUGGUGGCCACCCUCAUUCACGACGCCAUUUCUAGUCCCACGGAUGUGAUAAAGCAGCGCAUGCAGAUGUACAACUCACCCUACACAUCGGUGAUAACCUGCGUACAGGAUAUCUACAGGAAGGAGGGCUUCAAAGCCUUCUACAGAGCCUACGGCACGCAACUGGUCAUGAACCUACCAUAUCAGACAAUACAUUUUACCACAUACGAGUUUUUCCAGAACACAUUGAACCUUGAACGCAAAUACAAUCCCCCAGUUCACAUGGCAGCGGGUGCUGCGGCUGGCGCCUGUGCGGCGGCUAUAACCACGCCCCUGGACGUGAUCAAGACGCUACUGAAUACACAGGAGACUGGACUGACGCGCGGCAUGAUUGAGGCCAGCCGAAAGAUCUACCACAUGGCUGGUCCAUUGGGCUUCUUUAGAGGCAUGACCGCCCGCGUUCUGUACUCCAUGCCCGCCACGGCCAUCUGCUGGUCGACGUACGAGUUCUUCAAGUUCUACCUGUGCGGCCUGGACGCCGACCAGUACAAAUCGUCAAUUACGGGCCGCUCGGAGCCCCGCAAAGCGGACUACGUGCUGCCCAGGACUGCGGAUGAGGAGCAGGGCGACCAGGAGCGGGAGACGGUGAAGGAGAAGGAGACGGCAGCGACCCUGCACCCCGCCCCGACCUCGGUGAAUGCCUCCGGUGCCAUCAAGACGGUGUGCGAGCUGUCGACGCGACCCGCCGGGCCAACAAUCAACCUGCACACGCGGCACACGGACGUGAAGAGUCCCUACGAGCGGGGCUUCUCCAGCACGUAGGCGGCGCCAGUGGGCGUGGCCGCGAGCGGGGCCUGCGUUCGAAACGUUUGCAGCAGCAGCGACAGCUAAACCUAAGCGUAGCUAUUAGUUGGCGGUGGGGAUCGGGGAAGCUGGGGUGCAAUUUGGGGGCCCCAUUUUGGGCAGGUGGACGACACGGCGUUCGAAACGCCUGCCGUUCCGCUGACCACCGCCUGGCCACCACCCCACUUUCACGUUCAGCCCACCCGAACCCAGCUGCUUGUAUGAAUACUCUGCGAGGAGUCGGUGAGAGAGUUUUAUCACUCCAUAGUCGGAGGUUAAAUCGUAGUUGUUGUUCUGCACAAAACUCUCGCUCUCACACACAACACGCAAAACUCCACACACAACAAACACACACCUUACACCCACACAUACACACACACAAAGACAGUUUUAGGCAAAGUGCGAAAUUCUUGUUAAAAAGUAUAUGCUAAUGAUAAUACUGUAUCUAUGUUAUUUCGAAAUGAGAAAACCUUCUUGUAAAAUACUAUUACCUAUGUAUUACAACCUUUGAUUUACUACAUUUA